AUGCUCGCUUCAGCGCAUCGCAGCCCCAAGCGCCGCCUCGACUCGACGGGAUACAUCGUCGACAACUCGGAGCGAGGCAACAUCUUUGCCGUGGAGCCGCGCCAGCUGUACACCAGCAGCCCCACCUCGUCCCGCGCGGCCAGCCAGGGGCUGGGUGGCCUGCAGGGCCUGCUGCUCCUGGCCGCGGUGUGCGGCGUGGUGGCUGUGGCCACCCUGGGCGUGGCCUCAAACCCUGAGGACACCCUGCAGGAGGUGGCUGCCAGCGGUGGCGCCCUCGACAGCCUGAGCUCUAUUGCUGGGCGGCUGUCGGCGGGUCUGUGA